AACCUAUUUCUUCGUUUCCUUUUUCCUUCCCCAAAUUCCCCCGGCGACCCACCUCCCUCCGCCCCCUUCCGACCGGAUCACCGCCAUUUCCGGCUCCAAACGCCACAUUUAUCCUUGCCCAUCAUCUUCUGUUUUUUUCCUUUCAGGUGGUGGGAUUUCGAAGGGGUUGAAUCGGUACAGGUUUUGCAAGGAGGGGGAAGGUCGAACAUCAUUUGGGCUUUUGCCUUUUGCCUUUUGCCUUUUGGUCACUACCAAUGGAGACCUCGGCUUCCAAUUCUGAUCCUUACCCCAAUUCUUCUUCACCCACAACUUCUCCUACCUCCUCCAGAUUUGGGGUCUCGAUCCCUUCGCUCAAUUUCUUCCGUUCGCCUCUGUCCGUCAUUUUGGAUUACUCUGGAAUUCUUCCCACUAGGGCUGUUCCUCAUGAAUCGGAACCUAUAAUCAACGGCUCUGCCACCCCUGAUUUGCGGGUUUAUUCUCAAAAUCAGAAUCACUUGAUGACCACCACCACUUCUUCUUCUUCUUCUUCUAGUACUAGUCCCACCUCCUCCUCCUCCUCCGGUAAUACCAGCCCCUCUGGGGAGGUUUCGAUUAGGAUUAUUGGGUCUGGUGAGCAAGAUCCUUCUCCGGCUCUGGUUGGACAAGCUGGCUAUGAGCAAAAUGGUGGACUUCCUGUUUCUGGGGAUCAGCCGGAAUCCCCUGAUGAGGAACGAGUUCCUUUGGUGUCCACUGCUUCUUCGUCUAUUCAAUCUGGAAGCAGUCGUGUUUCAGAAUCUGGAAAUGGCGUGGAAGAGAGUGUUAAUAGAGAUUCGUCUUAUCAGAGAUACGAUAUUCAGCAGGUUGCCAGGUGGAUUGAACAGAUUCUUCCUUUCUCUUUGCUACUGCUGAUAGUCUUUAUCCGUCAGCAUUUGGAAGGUUUUUUCAUCACAAUUUGUAUAUCAGCUGUUAUGUAUAAGUCGAACGAUAUUGUCAAGAAACAGACUGCUCUAAAGGGGGAGAGGAAAAUUUCUGUCCUUGCUGGGACAUCUAUUGCAUUUUUGGUUCAUGUUAUUGGGAUUUACUGGUGGUGCCAUCGUGAUGAUCUUCUAUACCCGUUAGUCAUGCUUCCACCAAAGACAGUACCACCGUUUUGGCAUGCCUUGUUCAUAAUUUUGGUUAACGAUACGAUGGUGAGGCAGGUUGCAAUGGCUCUCAAAUGUCUUCUUCUUAUUUACUACAAGAAUGGCAGAGGCCAUAAUUUUCGCCGGCAGGGACAAAUUUUAACUCUCAUGGAAUACACUCUUCUGUUGUAUCGUGCAUUGUUACCGACACCUGUAUGGUACCGGUUUUUCUUGAACAAAGAUCAAGGGAGCCUUUUUUCAUCACUGACAACGGGAUUGUAUUUAACCUUCAAGCUAACUUCUGUUGUUGAGAAGAUUCAAUCAUUCGUGGCUGCAUUUAAGGCUCUAUCACAAAAAGAAGUCCAUUAUGGAUCAUAUGCCACAUCAGAACAGGUAAGUGCGGCGGGAGACCUCUGUGCUAUUUGCCAGGAGAAGAUGAAUGCUCCAAUCCUGUUACGCUGUAAGCACAUCUUCUGUGAAGAUUGUGUUUCUGAAUGGUUUGAAAGAGAAAGAACUUGCCCUCUCUGCCGGGCACUGGUAAAGCCAGCAGAACUCCGAACAUUUGGCGACGGGUCGACCAGCUUACUCUUCCAGUUGUUUUAGACAACCAUUUGGCAUUUCUGGACGUAACAGCUCUAUCAGCUUGACAAAGAAACAUAUUGUUUAUUGGAUGGACAGGGGAGAAGAAAAAGAACAAA